CGAGUCUGCGGACCGCUAAGGCGUUUAGCAGGGACACCUAACUGGGUCCUUUCUCACUGCCGUCGUGAGCGGGAGGCAGUCCCUUCCUGCUCCGGGCAGAGGCUGUCGGGGUUCCCUGUCCACCAAUUCAUGAUUUUCUGUCGUUUCUUCACAAAAAUGGCAACCAGUGAUGCUGUUCUGAAGAGACUGGAACAGAAGGGUGCAGAGGCAGAUCAAAUUAUUGAAUAUCUUAAGCAGCAAGUUGCUAUUCUUAAGGAGAAAGCAGUUUUGCAGGCAACUUUGAGAGAAGAGAAGAAACUUCGAGUUGAAAAUGCUAAAUUGAAGAAAGAAAUUGAAGAAUUGAAACAAGAGCUAAUUAAGGCAGAAAUUCAAAAUGGAGUGAAACAAAUACCAUUCCCAUCUGGUACUGCACUGCAAGCCGAUUCUAUGGUUUCUGAAAAUGUGGUACAGUCUACCCCAGUAACAACUAUAUUGUCUGAGGCCAAAGAGCAGAUAAAAGAAGAAGGAGAAGAAAAGAAGGUGAAAGAGAAAGUUGAGAAGAAAGGUGAGAAAAAGGAGAAGAAACAGCAAUUGGUAGCAGGAAGUGCUGACUCAAAGCCUGUUGAUGUUUCCCGUCUGGAUCUUCGAAUUGGUUGUAUCACCACUGCCAGAAAACACCCUGAUGCAGAUUCUUUGUAUGUAGAAGAAGUUGAUGUUGGAGAAACAGCUCCAAGAACAGUUGUCAGUGGCCUGGUGAAUCAUGUUCCUCUUGAACAGAUGCAAAAUCGGAUGGUGAUUUUACUUUGUAACCUGAAACCUGCAAAGAUGAGGGGGGUAGUAUCUCAGGCAAUGGUAAUGUGUGCUAGUUCACCAGAGAAAGUUGAAAUCUUGGCACCUCCUCAUGGGUCUGUUCCUGGUGACAGAGUUACUUUUGAUGCUUUCCCUGGAGAGCCUGACAAGGAGCUGAAUCCUAAGAAGAAGAUUUGGGAGCAGAUCCAGCCUGACCUUUAUACUAAUGAUGAUUGUGUGGCUACAUACAAAGGCACUCCCUUUGAGGUGAAAGGGAAGGGAGUGUGUAGGGCUCAAACUAUGGCCAACAGUGGAAUAAAAUAAAAUGCUUCAGUUACUGAAAUACAUUGGAGAAUACUUAAUAACAAUAAAAGGAAAUAUAUGAGACUUGUACCUAAGAUA